AUGUGUAACGUAUGUACCCGCGACGUCGCGCCGGUGGUGGAGAAGCCGCCGGCGGCCAACCGGACCCUGGAGCGGAUGAAGAGGAAGCACAACAUCAUAACGGACCCCAACGACGAGGGCAAACAGAAGGAGGUGGCCUACCAGCCGGACCUGCUAGCGGUCUCCAAUAAGAUAUUAAUGAGGUACGGUUUCAGUUUUCGAGUUUUCCGCUCGAAU